AGGUGAAUAUUGAUGAAUGUGCUUCAGAUCCUUGCAUGAAUGGAGGUUCUUGUACAGAUAGUAUAAAUGCAUUUAUCUGUCAGUGCCCUAGUGGCUGGAUGGGAGAGCGAUGUGAAAUUGACAGUGGGAGCUGUGCCAGAGAGCCAUGCCUUAAUAAUGCAAAAUGUCUUGAUCUUUUCCAAGAUUAUUUUUGUGUAUGUCCUUCUGGUACUGAUGGUAAAAAAUGCCAAACAUCACCGCAGCGAUGCAUUGGAAACCCUUGCAUGCAUGAAGGUCUUUGCUUAGAUUAUGGUAGUGGUUUGAAUUGCUCCUGCCCUGCAGAGUAUACAGGCAUCGGUUGUGAAUAUGAAUAUAACCCAUGUGAUGAUAAUGUUUGUGAAAAUGGUGCUACCUGUGUGAAUGUAGAAGAUACAUUUGUAUGCAAUUGUCCAUCUGGGUUUACUGGAAAAUAUUGCGAAGAAGAUAUACCAGAUUGCACACCAAAUUCUUGUCCUACUAUUGCUACUUGUAUUGACUUAACCAAUGAUUUUUAUUGCAAAUGUCCAUUCAAUCUCACUGGUGAAGACUGCAGAAAAACUGUUAACAUUGAUUAUGAUCUCUACAUUAAUGAUGAAAGUCGAUCCUCAAGUGUUGCACUUGCUGCUCCUUUCACUUUAAACACAAAUAGUUUAUCUAUUGCUUUGUGGGUACAAUACAACAGUCCUAAUUCUAAAGGAGUAUUUUUCACUUUGUACAGUGUUGAAUCAGCUCAUCUCCCUGUUGGUAAAAGAAUUUUGGUUCAGGCUGAUGAUACUGGAGUUUUAGUAUCCCUUUUCCCUAAUGUUACCAAUGACAUAUUUUUGAAAUAUUUGGAAAAUGUCCCAAUAAAUGAUGGCCAGUGGCAUCACCUUGUUAUUAUGUGGGAUGGAAGGGAAGGCACUAUAAUGGUUAUGAUGGAUACUGCAUUAGCUGGAUUCGUUGAUCAUUAUGUGUCUGAUAUAUCUCUGCCAAAAUAUGGCUGGGUAAAUCUUGGUGCCCCUUUGAAUGAUGAAAACAAGGCAAUUGCUUCUGCUGGCUUCCAUGGUCGACUUAGCCGUGUAAACAUAUGGGAUCGAACACUAGAUGUAACUACAGAGCUACCUGUCCAGUUCCGAGAUUGUAGAAAUGCACCAGUGUUGUAUAAUGGUUUACUGUUAAGGUGGACUGCUUAUGAUAGGGUUGUUGGCACUGUUGAAAGGCAAAGCCCAGGUAUGUGUGGAGAAAGAGUAUGCCCAGUUGGCUAUACUGGAGAUAAUUGCCAUAUUUUACAUCAAGAUAAGACACCACCUCAACUAUUACAUUGUCCACCUGAUAAAUGGGUUAUUAGUAACAAAAAGUCUACUUCAAUAACUUGGGAUGAGCCCAGGUUUACUGACGAUUUAAGAGCUGUGAAAAUCAUGGAAAUGAAUAAUUUGGAAUCAGGUCAAUCUUUAUCGCGUGGAGCUCAUGAUUUGACAUAUGUAGCUACAGAUGAGGCUGGAAAUACUGAAAAAUGUAGUUUUCGAAUAAAUAUAAUGAGCGAGUUCUGUACAAUCCCCAUGCCACCCAUAGGAGGCCAACUUGGAUGUGCUGAUUGGGGACCUGGUGGAAAUUUUAAAGUGUGUACUAUUACUUGUGAUGAAGGUCUUGAAUUUUCUGAAAAGAUACCAAGAUUUUAUACUUGUGGUGUUGAAGGAUUUUGGCGACCUACUAAGAAUCCUAACAAGCCAUUUAUUUUCCCAGCUUGUGCGCGUAAGAAACCUGCUCGUCGUAUUUUCCGCAUUGCCAUGGAUUUCCAGUCAUCAGUUAUUUGUUCAGAUUCUGGGAGAAAAAUUUUGCAUGAUCGUAUCAAAGAUAGCUUGCGCAAAGUAGAUGGAGAAUGGAAUAUAUGCUUGGAUGAUGGUCCUGAUUCUAACUGUGGAGAAAUGAAAGUUAUUGUAAAGUGUAGUAAAACACCUCGCGGAAAAAGACAAGUGGACAUUAGUGAUAUAUAUACCGUGGAAGUUGAAUUUCCUGCUAAAGAUGAUCCUGUAAUAAAUAAGAAUAACCAAGAGAGAUCAACAGUUCAAGAAGUAGCAGAGAAUGCCAUUCUGCAGAAGUCAGCUUUUGAUGUUCGUAAUAUUCUGCCAAAUGUUGCGCCUGAUUUGACUUCUUUGAAAAUGCUUACAGACUAUGCUUGUCCAGUAGGUGAAGUUGUCAUUGGAUCGAGCUGUGUUGAGUGUGCUGUUGGAACUUACUAUGAAAAUGCAACUACAGAGUGUAACCCAUGCCCUAUUGGGUUUUAUCAAAAUGAAAUGGGAUCUUUGGCAUGCAAGCCAUGUCCUUUAAUAGCUGGAAGACAAGGCACUACACAGUCCACUGGAACAAGAGCAGCAGAUCAGUGUAAAGAACAUUGCUCAGCAGGCAACUAUUAUGACAAACUUGCAGGCUCAUGUUUGCCAUGUGGAUAUGGCUUUUAUCAACCUGAAGAUGGCUCAUUCAAUUGUAUACCUUGUGGUGCUGGUCUCACCACACGUCGUAACCAAGCUGUGUCAAAAUUAGAAUGCAGAGAGGAAUGCUUGUCUGGUUAUGAACUUGAUGAAAAUGGAGACUGUGUGCCUUGUCAAAGAGGUUUCUUCAGAUCAAGGGGAAUGCCUGCAUGUCAGCAGUGUGUUCCUGGAAAAACAACACCUGAUGUUGCUGCCACUAGUGAACAAGAGUGUUUGUUAGAUAUUUGUCAACCUGGAAUGUAUGUUGAUUCAUCAACACAAUUGUGUGUCAUGUGUCCAAAAGGCACAUACCAAGAUAAAGAAGAUCGAAUGACAGAAUGUAUUAAGUGUCCCCAAGAUACAACUACUCAGGGUUUGGGAGCUACAUCUCUUGAAGAAUGUUCUAAUCCAUGUUUUGUUAAUGGACGAGAGCGUAUAUGUCAGGCAAAUGCAGCUUGUGUAUAUCAUGAAGAAAUUGACACAUUUGCUUGUGAAUGUCUGCCAGCUUAUGUUAUGAAGAAUAUUACUCAAGAAUGUGUUCAUGCCUGUGAAAACUUUUGUGAAAAUGGAGGUACCUGCGAAGUCAGCCCACACACAUUUAAACCAAGAUGCAUGUGCCCAGCAAACUUUUAUGGAGAUAACUGUACUGAAAAAUCUGAAUUUGUCUAUGUAGCAAGUGGCAUAGCAGGAGCUGUUAUUGUUAUUAUUUUGUUAGUUCUUCUUGUAUGGAUGAUAUGUGUUAGGUCAACAAGGAAGAGAAAAAUGCAAAAGAUGCCUGAACCACACAUGGAUUUGACUGGCUCUCAGACUAAUUUCUUUUAUGGUGCUCCAGCUCCAUAUGCAGAAAGCAUUGCACCUUCACAUCAUAGCACAUAUGCUCAUUACUUUGAAGAUGAAGAUGAUGAGGGUUGGGAAAUGCCUAACUUUUAUAAUGAAACUUACAUGCAAGAUGGAUUCCAUGGUAAAACCAAUACACUUGGACAUAGUAAUGCUAGUAUUUAUGGCACCAAAGAAGAGCUAUAUGAUAGACUACGUAGGCAUCAGUAUCAGGGUAAAAAGGGAGAUUCUGCAAGUGAGAGUGAAGAUCACCCUCAUUGAAAUUAAAUGGUUUUUAUAUGUUGUAACUGUUUGAAUGAAUAUUUAAUACAUUGGCAGUGAUGUUUGUUUCACUCUCAGCAAACUGGUGAAACUGAACAAAUUGAUAAAAAUGCAAAUACAGAACAUAAAGUGUGCAUUUUCUUAUGAACAAUGUGAAAUAAACAAAAAGACAAUGUAGUACAUCGCAGCCCACAAAAUGUGGGAAAUAUUAGGUGAAGUCACACCAGAAACUUUGUGCCGUCUGUAUCUUUGUUGGAAAGAACUUUUGAAAAUUGAAUGGCAGUUUAUAUUUUUUAGAAUUUAUAUAAAGACAGAUACUGUAUAACUGUGUCACAUUUCUUAACACCUCAAUCAUCUCAUUUCUCAUCCAUGCUAUUUUUUAUAAUAAUAUAGUGAAAUAAUCUGGUAUUUAAGUAUACAUUAUAUUUGUUCACUUUAAAACUUGAAUAAGUAUAUUUUCAAAUUUAGAAAAUUUGUUUUUUCAAUGUUGUUAAACUAAUGACUGUUUUGUAAUUAAAUUUGUUACUUUAUUAUUUAAUAAUGUUAAGUAUGGAUAUAAAACUCACAUUUUCUUGUAUAUCUUUAUAGUAUAUCUAAAAGAUUUGCCUAGUCAUUUCUAGAUAUGAAGAUUCUAGCAGUCUUUUGAGAAAUUUAGCUCAUUAUUUUAACCCUCUGAGUGGCUCAGCUUUUUGGAUUUACUGUGUUUAAACAGCAUCUGUAGCAUUUGUUUUUUAGAGUUGUUAUAACUGCUUAUUUAAAUUUGUUUUAUAACCUUUCAUUUAUUAGAAUAGUGGUUAUACCAUUAAAGAAAACAAGAAAAGUAUUUGAAAUAAUAAGAUAAUGUUUAUCAUAUGGCAACAAAUCUCGUGGCCAGAAAAAAAGCAGUUAUGCUACUGAGAGGGUUAAUGUUAAAUAAUCAGACUUUCAUGUUUUUGAAAACUUUCUUAAACUAUGCUUUUCAGUUUUCUUUCAUAACUUAUUAAGUUAUUACUCAGUAUUUAUAAUAAAGCAUAAUGAAUAAAGUAUUACAGUAGUAAGAGAUGUGAUGAAUUAAUUAAGGUGUAUUAAACAUUUUACUUAUCCAUAUAAAGAAAUAAAUGAAAAAUAGGGAGGUUGGAAAUUUGUUGCAUAAAAAUAAAUUUUCUUCAUUAUGAAAUGCAGUGAUUUUUAAUUGGGCUAAGAUUUUGUUUGUGGUAUGUUAUGAAAUUACAGUUAGUGUAAAUAGUGUAAAAUAUCAAGUAUGGUUGUCUUGAAAUGAUAGCUCAGUUUAUUUAUGCUAUUACUUGAGGUUUAUCUCUAAUGCUGUAAUUUUCUCAUAUAAAAUAGGAUAUAAGUACUAUUAUUUGCUAUACUGCACAUACUAUUAUUUGAAUUUAUAUUCUGAAACAUCCAAAAGAAAUGAGUUUAGAAUCGAAGAUAAAUUAAAGAUUUGAAACCUUUUUUUAAAUAUGAAUUCAUUUAAAUGUUGCUGCUUCUAAUAAAAAAUAUUUAAUAGGAGUCAAUCAAUAAGCUUCCAGCAGGAAACUUUGGCCCAUUACAGUCACAUGACACCUGCAACACUUCUCUUGCACCAGAUGAGCUAACCUUUCCGGAUAUCCUGUUAGCUCCUUUCUUCUCAGAGGGAUAUUAUAGGACCAUGACCAUGGGUCACUUUCUUCUUUCUCUUCCUUUUCAAGCUCCUGUUUCUAUGGAUAUACUUUUGGAAUACUCCCACAUCAAGCACUUAAAAGCUAAACUAUCAGCAGAGUUGGUGAAAUAGAACUUAUAAUGCAUAAUAAGCCAGCAAUAACGUAUUAUAUUCAUAUUAAAAAUAUUUAAGUAUUUGAAUUGAAUUGAUUCAACUCUUUAAUUAUUGAGAAUAAAUAUAUAAAUCUAGUAUUUGUGCUUAACAUUCUUAUUAUAUUUUUAGCAUUUUUCAUUAUAAACUAAAAAUAACUAGGCAAACUAAAAAAAUGCUAAGUAAUUUUUAUAUAGCAAUUUUUUAAUAUCAAUACUACAUUCAUUUUAAAUACAGACUAGCUGAACUGUUGAAAACUGCAUGUUUUCAUAUAUCUAAAAUGUAAAAGAAAACACUUUACACUGAAAAAAAUAUAUAGCUGUCAUUGUGAAAUAAAAACAGUUUGGAAAACUGGGAAUUAGAGCAUAAAUUUCACAAUCAUACAUAUUUUUAAAAAAUAUCUUUAAAUUUUUUAAUCUAUUCAUUUAUUCUUUCCACUUAAUUCAUAAUUUUUAUUAUUGGUUCAUACUGUAAGUAACUAAUUAUUUGAAGGGAAUUCGCUAAUAUUUAACAUACUGCUCAAAGGGUUGAGUAUAAAUGUUUCAAACUUUACUCUUAUUCUACUAUUUUCUUCAUUCUGUUCUUCCUUUGCUUCAAUUCAUGAGCUAAAUCAUGUAUAAUUUUUUAAUACAGGAAAGUUAAAUCUGAUAUCUUAAAUCACAAUUCUCUAUUAUUUAUUUUGCUUUAAAACUAAGUAAGAACUGAGUAAUCUUUUAAUUUUAGUAACAGUAAGAAAAAAAUUUAAAAGUAAUGGAAACUUUAGCUGUAUGAGUAGACAUAUACCAUAUACAUUUACCUCCAGUGAAGUUAAAUGUAAGAAGUAAAAUAAUAUUUUUAAUUUUAUGUAUAUACAAAGAAAGAGAGGAAGUAUGCGAUUUUCUUGCAUUUAGAUAUCUAUAAGUGUUUUGAUGCUCUAAGCUAUACCUAUAAUUUAUUUAAUUUAUUAUUAAAUGCACUUUUAAUUAUAUGUAAACUUUGUACUUUAUUAAUUAUGUUUUAAAGUGUAAUUGAAAACUUCUUUUAUUUAUUGCUAAAUCAAAGCUUAUUUAUAAUGCUACAGAUGAAAGCUUUUUGUAGAAUUCUUCAAUCUGCUGUUAUGAGGUGUGUAAGAAAUUACUAUUGUAUGAGGUAGUAGUGUAAAUGAGAUGGCUGUUGAAAGCUUCCUGAGUUCUCUGGCAGCAAAAUUUUCCAUCUGCUGAAUAUUAUUGCUCAAAUUUAAGACAAAGCUCUGCUCACAUAUUUUCUAAGCAGUUGAGCCAAAAAAAAAGUUUAGAAUGUUCAUUUUAUUCUUGUAAAGGAUUUAUUGUUCAGAUUAUUGUAUAUAAAAUUAAUAAAUUUAGCAUUGUUUACUUUAAUUAUUUAUAUUUAAAUUUUCUAAUUUGUAUGCAACUUUCCAUUCAUAUUUCUGUCUUUUGUAAACUUACAUUUUCAUUUGAUUCAUUACAUAUGUAAUAGUUCUUGUGUUUACAUCCUGCUUUCAUUUUGUAAAUUAUGUAUUUUUUGUUAAAUUUCAGUUUUUAAUAAUAAAAUACUGCUUAACUGCAA